UUUUAAAAAUUCCCAGAUGAUCAGCAAGCUUUGAAUUCAAUCAUGCAAGAUUUGGCUGUCCUUCAUAAGGCCAGUCGGCCAGCAUUAUCUUUACAAGAAACCAGAAAAGCAAAACCCUCUUCACCAAAAAAACAGAAUGAUGUCCGAGUCAAAUUUGAACAUAGAGGAGAAAAAAGAAUCUUGCAGGUUACUAGACCAGUUAAACUAGAAGAUCUGAGGUCUAAGUCUAAAAUUGCCUUUGGGCAGUCUAUGGAUCUACACUAUACCAACAACGAGUUGGUAAUUCCGUUAACUACCCAAGAUGACUUGGACAAAGCUGUGGAACUGCUGGAUCGCAGUAUCCACAUGAAGAGUCUCAAGAUAUUACUUGUUCUAAAUGGGAGUACACAGGCUACUAAUUUAGAGCCGUCACCGUCACCAGACGAUCUGAAUAAUACACCACUCGGUGCGGAGAGGAAAAAGCGGCUAUCUGUAGUAGGUCCCCCUAAUAGGGAUAGAAGUUCCCCACCCCCAGGAUACAUUCCAGAUGAAUUGCACCAGAUUGCCCGGAACGGGUCUUUCACCAGCAUCAAUAGUGAAGGAGAGUUCAUCCCAGAGAGCAUGGACCAAAUGCUGGAUCCAUUGUCUUUAAGCAGCCCUGAAAACUCUGGCUCAGGAAGCUGCCCGUCACUGGAUAGUCCUUUGGAUGGAGAAAGCUACCCCAAAUCACGGAUGCCUAGGGCACAGAGCUACCCAGAUAAUCAUCAGGAGUUUUCAGACUAUGAUAACCCCAUUUUUGAGAAAUUUGGAAAAGGAGGAACAUAUCCAAGAAGGUAUCAUGUUUCAUACCAUCAUCAAGAGUAUAAUGAUGGUCGGAAGACUUUUCCAAGAGCCAGAAGGACCCAGGGCACCAGUUUCCGGUCUCCUGUGAGUUUCAGUCCUACUGAUCACUCCUUAAGCACUAGUAGUGGAAGCAGUAUCUUUACCCCAGAGUAUGAAGACAGUCGGAUAAGAAGACGGGGGAGUGACAUAGACAAUCCUACUUUGACCGUCACAGACAUCAGCCCACCCAGCCGUUCACCUCGAGCUCCAACCAACUGGAGAUUGGGCAAACUGCUUGGCCAAGGAGCUUUUGGUAGGGUCUACCUCUGUUAUGAUGUUGAUACCGGACGAGAACUGGCUGUUAAACAAGUUCAGUUUAACCCUGACAGCCCCGAGACCAGCAAGGAAGUAAAUGCACUUGAGUGCGAAAUUCAGUUGUUGAAAAACUUGUUGCAUGAGCGAAUUGUUCAGUAUUAUGGCUGUCUGAGGGAUCCUCAGGAGAAAACACUUUCCAUCUUUAUGGAGUACAUGCCAGGGGGCUCAAUUAAGGACCAACUCAAAGCAUAUGGAGCCCUUACUGAGAAUGUGACGAGGAAAUACACCCGUCAGAUUCUGGAGGGGGUCCAUUACCUGCAUAGUAAUAUGAUUGUCCAUAGAGACAUCAAAGGAGCGAAUAUCUUAAGGGAUUCCACGGGCAAUAUCAAACUAGGAGACUUUGGAGCUAGCAAACGACUUCAGACCAUCUGUCUCUCAGGCACAGGGAUGAAGUCUGUCACAGGCACGCCAUAUUGGAUGAGUCCGGAGGUCAUUAGUGGAGAAGGCUAUGGCAGAAAAGCAGAUAUCUGGAGCGUAGCAUGUACUGUGGUGGAGAUGCUAACUGAAAAGCCACCUUGGGCUGAAUUUGAAGCAAUGGCUGCCAUCUUUAAGAUCGCCACUCAGCCAACAAACCCAAAGCUGCCACCUCAUGUCUCAGACUAUACCCGGGACUUCCUCAAACGGAUUUUUGUAGAGGCCAAACUCCGACCUUCGGCCGAGGAGCUCCUGCGGCACCUGUUCGUGCAUUGCCACUAGCAGCCAGCGUCCUCCACCCGCCCGCCGCCACCGCCACCGCCACCUUCUCUCUUACUGCACUUUCCUUUUUUAUAAAAAGAGAGAUGGGGAGAAAAAGACAAGAGGGAAAAUAUUUCUCUUGAUUCUUGGUUAAAUUUGUUUAAUAAUAAUAGUAAACUAAAUUUUUUAUAUUUAAUCUUUUUUUCUUUUCAAGAACUUGAAACUUCUUUUUUUAUUUUUAAAGAUUUUUAUAAUGUACUGAUGUGGUUCAGAGCUAUAACGCACUUUAGUACAUAGUUGCUCCUUUUAGUACAAACAAAUCAUUUGGAAUAUAUAAAGAUUGUAGUCUUGCCCAGUAUCACUGACAUGGAAGACAAAGAGAAGACAGUGAUGUACAAUUUGUAGUUGUUAGUGAUAGUAUUUAAAUAGAUCCUUCUUUGUGGGGUUGAGCCCUAAACUUGGGUUUAGGGUAGGUACUCAUUGUAAAGAAUAUAGGUUUCUUCUUUUAUCUGUAUUCUUUAGAUCCUCAACUCUAUCUGUCAAGCUUUUUUGCUCAGUAGGAAUCUUGAAUAGAAGAUACGAAUCUCUAAGAGGUAUGUUGUUAAUCCCAAUCAGUAUACGAGAUGACUAUACUAUAUUAGAGCUGUGUUAAUGGGCUCUAUAAACCUUGAGAGACAGCUUUCUGCUUUAAAAUAUUGUUGUAUUUGGAAGCAGAUAUGUGAAAGCCAAUGAAUAAAUUCAGCUAAAACACAGACGACUGCUCAUUAAAUGUAUGAGCAGUAGAAGAGACAACAUUUGCCAGUCAGUAGAAAAAUAACAGAAAAAAGAACUAAGUGUUAUUUAGUAUAUUUUAAACAUUAUUUACUUGAGGUGAAAGUCCCAAAAUGGAGGGAACUGAGAAAUAAUAAAAAUUGGGUUUAUAUGAUAGCUUCUUAUUUCUACCCCCUGGUUUCCCAUUAGAUAACAGUCUUUAGCUCAAGUACCCACCUGUUAAAGCUCCUGUCAUGAAAUAAAACUCAUGUUCUUUACUAAAACAGAGGCUCCUCAGAAGAGUAAACAUCAGGGAAAACAGUGAGAUUGGUGGUGGGGAGUCGUUGUUUCACUUCACUUGGCAUUUGGCAAUGCCUGGAGACACUUUGUUGCCAUAACUUGCAAGGUACUACUAGCAUCCAGUGGGCAGGGUUUGCAGGUGCUGCUGAGUAGACUGUAGAGUUAGCCUGCCACAGACAAAAGUGCCUAGGAUGGAAACCAAGCAGCCAUUCACAAAGCAGUCAAACCAGAGUUCAGAGGACCCGUGUAGGGCAAAUGAGGGUUUCUUAAGAGCAGAUCAUUAGUCAGAGGGAGUGGCCUCAGCUCUUAGCAGAUAAUGAAUGGUCAGUCUUUGACAGCUGCUGGUUGCACUUGAAUCACUAACUCACUUUAGAAAUAAUGAAUUUGAGUAUUCAACUCUUUGAAUUUAGCAUCUCUGUAUAUUUUUUUUCCUUAAAAGUAGCUCCUCCUUCUAGGUCAAGAAAAGUACACCAAAACAUAGUGUUUACUGGCAGUGUGGAGGGUAAAACACUGCCAGGUAUUUCCAGUGUAAACAUCUCCUUGGAGCCGUGUCUUAAAUGCAAAGACUGUGCUGGAAAGGAUCCUGCCAUCUCUAGAAGAAUUAUGAGACUUAAAACGUGAAAGUGUCAGGAAUUUGGCCACUUGCAAAUUUUUCAACAUUAAACCAAGUGCUAAUUAUUUUAUUUUUCAAAAGUCUAGAAGAUAACAAGUCUUCUAGGAGACCCUGAAUGUGAUGCUUUAUCAGAAGGGACUAAAUAAGAUAUUCUAAUUUUGUUGUUGUUAUUACAAGGUAUGUUUACUUAGAAUUUUUUAAGUACUUUGCUUUUGAAGUUAUGUAGAUCUGACUUUAGUGUGUCAAGAUCCUACCUGGCAGACCCUAUAAUAAUUUUUGAAAUUCCAGUAGACUGAGAGUUAAAGCACAAUUAGUUAACUCUUCUCCUGUACUCUGUAAAUUAAAUGAAGCCCCUUGCAAAGAACACUCGUCAGGUGCCUCCACCCUUAGCAAAAUCAGUUGCCUGAUCUUAAUGCUGGAGACCUAGUGUAUAGGUGUAUUGUAAUUUCUUUAUCCUUUAUAAGUGAGGGCAUCUUUUCUACUUGAGCAAGAUUAUGGUACCUGGAUUGCUGGUUUCUUUA